CUGGCCCAGUGGCAAAAUUGUGAUAAGGGGAUGGAUGUGAGGCCAAAUUCAGAGACACAGAAAGAGUGGUAAUGGAUAGAUGGGUGGAUGGAUAUAAAGAAAUUAACGUGAUUGGCAGCCAAAACAAACUAUGGCAUUUCCUACAAACAUUUUCAGCACCACUUGUCGGAAUCCUAAUUUGAGUUUCCCAAUCAAUCAACAGUUACAAAACUCAGACUCAAAGUCAAAUAGGGCUUAUGUGAAAUGCAGAAGAGUUGAAGAACAGGAUUGUGGGAUAUUGUGUGAAAGUUGCAGUGGCAUAGGAUGGGUUGUGUGUGAGUAUUGUAAAGGGGUUAAGACGAAUGUGAAAGGGGAGAAGAACAAGAUCUAUCGACGUUGCCCUUCUUGCAGAGCAAUUGGAAGCGUCUUGUGUUCAAAAUGUAAGGUCUAUAAAUGUGUCACAUUUCCAGACAUAAAUGAUGGCCUCCAAUGACCAAUGAUUCAUUUCAAUUUUAAACUAAUUUCAUGUCUCAAUUAUCUACUUCUUAAAUAUACUCUUUUCUUUUUAUAUCUUUGUGUGUUUCUUGUCUGAAAUCUUUUUCUGUUCGAGUAUCUCAUCAUGUACACAUACACAAUCGGAAAGUUUAACAAAAGUAUUCCAUUUCGAAUGUUUGUGUAAA